GUUAAUGCAUGCGGAUCCGAAGAUCAACAGCUGUUGUAGGGUCAUGAGCACUGAUGUUAGUUUCCAUCCCGAUGGAGGUGGGUGCCAGUUGCGAGGUGAUGACGAAUCGAAUGCUAUGGAGGAUGGCGAGAUUGUCGAAGCCGAGGAUACGUCGUUCAUCCCGCUUGUCACAAAUCAAGCAACUCUUGGAGAGACAAACGAUGAACUAAGCAACUCGAGUGAUGACGAACCUCCCGAGGAAAUCCUCAACAGAGUAGCAAAAAAGAAAGCUGAGGAGGAGCAAGCUCUCACAGCGCAAGUGAUUGAUCCCAAGCUCUGCGCCAUGUGUCAAAAAGUUCCUCAUAAGUAUAGGUGUCCCAAAUGUGAUCUACGAACUUGUUCAGUGGAUUGCUCCAAGAAGCAUAAAGAGGAAAGAGACUGCGAUGGUGUCCGUCCACCAUUUGAGCCCGUUUCCAAGCUGUCGCAGUUCGAUGCCAACAAAUCGAUCCAGGACCAGCGAUUUUUGAGCGCUGUGCAGAGCAACAUUAAGAAAUCUCCCGUAAAUGCUUCGCUGCCGUCGACGUCAAAUGGUCACCACUCUGACAUGAUAUCUGAAGGGGUGCGGAUGCUUGAAUCAGUACACCACGAUAUGGAAACAAUGUGUGAAAGGAGAGACGACAACGAAGAGAACGCAGACGGUUCUCGCUUCAAAGCUAAUUCCGUAAAAGAGCGUUAUCUCAUCCAGAACGCUUUACGGCGCCGAAUUUGGCUCUCGUACAGCGACGACAAAGGUGGCGAAGACAGUUCAAGACAUGAGCAAUUUUCCGACACUAUAUUUUGGUGUGUUGACCUCAACUUUACAAAGCAGUUGGAGGAUGGCACGAUUUCUACGUAUACAUAUCGUGUCCAGAACAUCCCGGAAACUAUCAGACUUGUUACGAUACUGCGUCAAUUUUUGAAGCCUCGCAUACAUGGCUGCAUCGUAUCGAGGUCAGAUCUUGACCUAGAAAAGCUUUCGCCAUUCAUAGAAGCUGGUAUCGAAAGCGUUAAUGCAUUCAUGCGGGUGCCGAACUUUGAGCCAGAGAGAUAUUAUCUCAUAGACAUCCAAAAGGAUCUGCUGCACAAUACUAGGAACAGAGUUAUCAUCGAUCACCCGAAAAUUAUCAUUACCUUAGACACGGAAUUCGUAACAUCUUAUAAUCUCAUAUCGGAAGCAGAAGCUGAAGAGAUUAGAGAGAAACAACGACAGUCAAGAGCAAUGGCUCAGGCAGCGGACCGGUGUAACGGCUUCGAUGGCCCUCGUGGUGGAUACCGCGGAAAUCGUGGCGGAUUUCGCGGCAGGGGAGCCCCCCGUGGUCAUCGAGGAGGAUUUCAUGAGCAGAAUGAUUAUGGAAAUCGAGGACAUAGAGGACGACCCUGGGGACGCGGUGAUCACCAUGGAAAGAGAUCUUGGGAUCGAGAAGGUGACGACGGUUACCAUAACAAAAGAGGACGAGGUGGAAGAGGUGGGGAUCGUGGCCCACCGCGCAGUUACGGGUUUCGGUUGUAUCAUAAACGCAAUUUUAUGGGGCUUAGUGAAAGAGAUCCUGUCAAAUCCGAGUUCACAUCGCGAGCUGGUGGUGACCUUCCCGUCCAUAUAAGGAAUUUAAUGCAGGAAAUUGUGAAUGAUGAACUUGGAGCACGCCGAGAGGAUGUCCUUCCAUCAGCCGUCUCAAUGGAAACAGAUGAACCGAUAACCUCUGCCGCUGCAACAGACUCCACUACCGAAAGAGAACGAAUUCCACGAAAACUGAGUAAAACUAUGGAUGCAUUGCUUGGACAUGCAAAUGUCAUAUACGCAAGAGGAAACACCAAGGAGGCAUUGGCUGUUCUGCUUGAGGUUAUACGUCAAGAGCCGCGAAAUGCGGCAUCGUACCGGCAGGUCUCUGAUAUCUACCAAGAGCUAGGCGAUUAUCAGAAAAGCUUGCAAUAUGGUCUACUGGCCGCGCAUCUGGAUCCACGCACACCUGCCGAAGACUGGGCGCAUUGGGGAGAUGAGUCAAAAAAGCUUGAACUCAUCGAAGAAGCUGCUGCCUGCUACGGACGAGAUCUCCGUCCACUGGCAAUGCGUACUCGACUACAAGCAGCACAAAUGAUAAAUCCUUCUCAAGCAGGUGUUGAUUUCGAGUGGUUCCAUGAGCUGAUUAAGACGGUGGCACAGUAUUACAUCACCAUAAAUGACGAAGAUCGGGCUAUACUUGCUCUCGAGGCUUUCGUACUGCGCAGCAAAGAGUUUGGCAGAUCUGCGGAUACCCAGCAUGAGACAUUGAUAGGCAUGUGGAUAGCUAAGAACAAAUUUACCGAAGCUGCCAAAUCAAUUUUUGCAUUAUGUGACGGAAUUACGGUUACGAACAAAAUGGAUGGAUCUCCUGCCAUGUCGAUUUCGCUUUCACAUGGUACGUACUCUGUUGAACCAUUCCCACCGAAAGGUGAAGUGGAGUUUCAUGUAGAGGAUAGCUUUAGCACAAGAACACUUAGUCGACUCAUUGUCUGCUUUAUUGGAUUGGGCAAAAGAGACUUAGCUAACCCUCUGAAAGCUGUACUACUUAAACGAAAUCUAUCAAAUCACGAGGAUGAACCAUAUGUACUCGAGAUAGCUAGAGCGUUCUACAAUUGUGACGCGUUCAAAACCACAAAGGCAUUGAAAGAUGUCCCGACAGCUAUGGAAUCUUUCGAAAAAGUUUUGCAAAUCAAUCCUGGGCAUGUCGACGCUAGAAUCAAUCUAUCUGGUCUGCAGCAGAAAAUGGGACAGUCUGAUCGUGCCCUGGAAACGCUCCAGGACUAUGAUCUGGAUACAUGCACGCAUCUGCCGGAUGAGAGGUUACUCAUUCGUCAAACCGAUGUGCUCUUCGACUCGCAGAAGACGGAACAGUUCAUUCGUACUUGUAGAAUGCUCCUCACACCGUACUUUUAUGAAGUGCACCGCAGUCAGGAAAGCGUUGGAAGGCGGAGAAGUACGAAAACUGGAUUCUUCCUCAGUAAUACGUUACGAGUUGCCGCUAUGAAUGCCAUCACAAACACGAACUGGGAGAAGUUCGUACGUCGUCUAGGUGCGGCUGCUUUUAGCGAGCGACGUGGUGUUGAUGACAUGGAUCCUGCGCUGAUGCACGACUAUUGUCUCAGGCUCAUUGAGUGCUUGCUAUCUGCUAAACGCUAUCAGGAUAUGCUUGUUGUCUGUUGUUAUGCGUUUCUACAGCCUCGCAUCACUAAAUCUGAGAAAUCAUCAACAUUCCAAAAUCUUCUAUACUUUUGUGCCAUCAAAGCACAGUCAUGGUCCGUAGCGUUUGAGUAUGUUCGAUGGUUUCACAGUCUUACAAACACGGCGUAUCAACUGACUCUGCCAAAUACCCGUGAGGUACUUUCGAGACGCAUAUUCAAUGCGAUGAAUUACGUUUUCGUGCACUCGCAAAAUGUGUGCUAUCAUCGGUACAUCAUGAGAUCCCUAGCCAAGUCUCCGGGAAAUUAUGCACUUCAAAUUAUUUCUGGUAACAAUUCGCUCAUAACGGGAACCUACCGACAUGCUUUGGGGGAAUAUCUUCGUGUUUGGAACCAGAAUAAGAACAACCCGUUGGUCUGCUUGCUUCUGGCGCUGACGUUCACACACAUGUCAUGCAAAAAGGACCUCAGCAGUAGGCACAUGAUCGCAAUCAGGGGAGUUGCUUUUAUGAAACUGUAUGAGAAAAAUAGGAACUGUCGGCAAGAAGUCUACUACAAUAUCGCCCGUAUGUUCCAUCAGAUGUCUAUCACACCUAUCGCAAUAUACUUUUAUGAAAAGGUGUUGGCAGAACCACCGCCAGUCGUUUACCAUGUCGAUGAAGAGGGAAAUGAGGUUUUACGGCCGGAAAGCAUGUAUGACAUGCGCCGCUUUGCUGCUCAUAAUCUUGCAUUGAUGUACCGCGCCAGUGGAAAUGACUACCUUGCAAGGAAGAUGUAUGAAAAAUAUCUUGUAGUAUAGUGAAAUUACUGUUAUACUAUUACUAAUAACAUUACUAUUUUGAUGUCAUGCGUUAUGUUGUUAUCUCUGGUCUCAAACUGAUCUCGGGUCUAUAUCGUAUGUUUUUUAGUAAUAAUUUCAGUGUUCAUUAGACUUACAUUCUCUUUAUGCAGC